AUGUCAAGUGUAACUUGUAAUCAAACAAAUUCACAACAACAUUUAUUUCCCACAACCAUUGUAACGGCUACAAAAAUGAUGAAAUAUCCUCAUAUACAACCCCAUCCCAUAGCGGAGGAUGGUAAAACGCGUAAAGUGCCGGCUAACUGUCCAGCUGCUUAUAAUCCCGAUCAAACUCAAUCGGUCUUACGUCGCAAUGCUCGUGAACGUAAUCGUGUUAAACAAGUGAAUAAUAGUUUUUCGCGUCUUCGCCAGCAUAUACCACAAUCCAUCAUUUCAGAUCUAACCAAGGGCGGUGGUCGAGGUCCACAAAAGAAGAUAAGUAAAGUAGAUACACUGCGCAUAGCAGUAGAGUAUAUCAGAAGAUUACAAGAUCUUUUGGAAGAUUUAAAUGGUGGCAGCUCCACGCAACAACAGCCACAAUAUGAAUCUCAAAAUAAUACCAACUGUGAUUCAGCCAGUAAUAGUUCCUUCAGCAGUUCUUCAUCAACUGGCUCUUCAUCGCCCUCAUCUUAUACCACCACCAACACUCCAAUCUACUAUACCCAGCCUUCAAGUCCUUUGCCUUCCCUUAUGGAUGCCAAUCUACAAGUCUCACAUUUAAAUAAUCCCUACAACAGCAGCACUACUCUGCUAUCGCCAGUUUCUCUAAAUUCCUAUUCUCCACCUCAUCAUCAAACUGUUCAGUUGGAAAACCCCGGUUGCCAUUCACCCACCUCAUCCUUUAACUCCAGUUUAUCAUAUGAUGCACCAAAUUUUGAACAACCUCAACAAGCAACAAUCCAAGAAUUGCAACAACAUUUUCAGCCACAACAACAAACCACUCCACCUCAUUUUGAUGGCAACUUACAAUUAAAAUUCGAACCAUACGAUAAUUUCAAUCUCGAUGAGGAGGACUGCACACCAGAUGAUGAAGAAAUCUUGGAUUAUAUUUCUUUAUGGCAAGAACAGUAAAAGCAGAGAGGUUAACUACUCCCUAAAAAAAUUUUUA